AUGAUUUCUUAUCAGGGGAAUGAUAUAACGGAGUUAGCUGAUACUGGUGAUGCUAAAGGAAGUGUGAUUUUACCAGGGAUGACAUCAACAAAACGGGACUUUACUUUUCUUAAAGAAAUUUUAACUGAAGCUGCGUAUCAAAUUUUUGGCAAUUUAACAGAGG